GCUCUGUCGGGUAACUUGACACUGCUUCCUGCAGUCUCUCCGUUUAACCAGCAGAAGGAAGUGUGUGUGAAUGCGUGUGUGUUUGUGUGUGUGAAGUGUGAGAAACCAGCCUUCCUUGCAACGCCUCUGACCUACCUCAGAACUGUCUCCCCCAUAUCGCAGUAGGGGGUCCGCCUAACCAAGCACCAACCUGUCUGGUGUUCAAGUUUGUACUCUGUUGCCCGGCAACCAGCCCCAGCAGCCCAGCCUUGGCCAUUGCUCCUAGGAACCAGCCCAUCUCCUGGUGAUCCCCCAGCCCAGCUGCCAUGUCGACUCCCGAUCCAGUCCAUCCCACUUCGGUCCGCCUCCGGGUCUUCUCCCUCAACUGCUGGGGGAUUCGCUACCUGAGCAAACACUGUGCUCAGCGCUACACCAUGAUCGGAGACCUGCUGGCCAAGGAGCAGUAUGACGUGGUGCUACUCCAGGAGGUUUGGAGUGAGAAAGACUUUGAUGCUUUGAGAAAGAAGCUGGCCAGCAGCCUACCGUACGGCCAUUACUUCAAAAGCGGAGUCAUCGGGAGCGGGCUGGCCAUCUUCUCCAAGCACCGGAUCCAGGACACCUUCCGAUACCGCUACUCUCUGAACGGAUACCCCUACAUGCUCAACCACGGGGACUGGUUCGGGGGCAAGGCGGUGGGCAUGGCCGUGCUGAACAUCGGCAACACCACGGCGCACUUCUACGUCACGCACCUGCAUGCAGAGUACAGCCGGGAGAAGGACUCCUACCUGCCCCACCGUGUGGUUCAGGCCUGGGAGCUGCAGCACUUCAUCCGCUACACCUCGGCCGAGGCAGACCUGGUGGUCCUGGCGGGGGACUUCAACAUGCACCCCAUGGACCUGGGGAACCGGCUGCUGAGGACCUACGCAGACCUGAGGGACGCCUACGUGGAGACCCCCAAGUUUGAAGGAUGUGAAGACGGGGGCACGAUGAUCGCAGAGAACCCCAACAACGACAUGGUCCCCCCGGAGAAGGGCAUCAGGAUAGACUACAUCCUGUUCAAGGGUUCCUCCCGGCUGGAGCUCCACUGCGAGUCCAUGUCCACCACCAAGGGCAGCGUCCCGGACCACGCCUUCCCCUACUCGGACCACGAGGCCCUGACCGCUGAGCUGAGGCUGGACCGGGUCGCCCAGGACGGGGUCUCCCAGGACGGGUCCAAGGGAAUGGGCCCACUGGCCAGGGGGUCAGACCGCUCCGCAGGCAAGCUGGCGGAGCUGGUGGACAUCGUGACGGAGGCGCGCACGGAGGUGAAGGUGGGGCUGCACUGCGCGCAGGGCAUGUGCUACACGGCCGCCCGCACCGGGGUCAUGGGGCUGGUGCUGCUGCUGCUGGAGCUAGCCAUCGCCGCCGUGCCCUGGCUGGCACUAGGGGCCCCGGGGCCCUUCCCCAGCGUCUCCUUCUACCUGCUGGGGGCGCUGUGCUUCCUCAUCCUGCUCACCACCGCCCUGCUGUACCUCUUCUACACCAUGGAGAUCAAGAGCCUGCAGGAGGCCGAGGACCAGAUGAGGCAGGCCGUGGGCUGCCUGCAGGAGAGGCUCCGGGGCUUCCCCCUGGCCUCGCCGGGGCCCCCGAGGCCGGGGCCCCCGGGGAAGGAGAGGAGGCCGGGCGGUGUGGGGCCGGAGGAGUGAGGGGGGGAUGCGGAGAGGGGCCCCGGAUCGGGGAGGGGAGGAGUCCGUGGAGGAACACCGCAGCACUGAAUGUGAUGGACGCGUUGGCAGGGGGAAAACAGUUGGAGACGUGGGACUUUUAUUCUGAAAAUCAACAGGUGGAAAUGUAGGACUUUUAUUCUGAAAAUAGCACAGGUGGAAACGUAGGGUUGUGUCAUUCUGAAACACAGCCCAGAUGGAAAUGUAGGACUUUUAUUCUGAAGAAAUGCAGGACAUAGGAUGCUUUUCUGGCUUCUGUAGUUCAUAUUCACACUUAAGGACUUGCCUCUGCUUCUGUAGUCUAUUCCCAUUCUGCACGUAUUAUCGACCAGUUUAUUUGUGUAAUAAUGUUUAGGAGCCCCUUCCAUUCCAACAAAUAACACUCGUCUUUUCGUUUGGGACCAAUCAUCUAAUACUUAAUUAUAUUUGCAGAUUUAUUUAUUUUCUACACUAUAGUCAUUUAGGUAUACUAAUUAGGGAAACUCUCCAAAUAUGUAGUCAUCGAAGGAGGAAAACAUUUGUCACCUCAAUUUUGGUUAUUUACCUUAACUCAACGUUUUCGUCAGUUGCUGUUUGCUGAUUGGUUGAAAUUAGUGGCAUGUGACUUAGUGGCAUGUGACAUGUCUUUUCACAAAACCAGCAAAUCGCUUAAAGAAAUUACAAUUGCCGUCUUUCACCAGAGAUGGCGCUGUUGUUUAUGAUUUUAUCUUACUGCUAGGGCAAAUCAUUUCAUUCCCACAUCUGGGAUCUAAGUGAACACAUAUUAACUAUUUUCAACGUAGGGAGAGGAGACAGACUGGUUGGCAUUCCAAACCAUUGGAAAGACGUGUGUGUGUGUGUGUGUGUGUGUGUGUGUGUGUGUGUGUGUGUGUGUGUGUAUGCACUUCCAAAUAAUGGGCAGAAUGGGCAGCCUUUGAUGAGUCUUCUAUCAUCACAUGCAGCACUUAGACAACAGGCUGGAGAGGAGAGGACAGGGCAGGGCAGGACAGGGGAGAGGAGAGGAGAGCAGGGCUGGCUAGAGGCUUACUAGCUCUCCAUUGUUUCAGUCUUACUUUUUUUUGUAUAUAUAAAUAAUAAAUGAGCCGUGUGUGUGUGUGUGUGUGUGUGUGUGUGUGUGUGUGUGUGUGUGUGUGUGUGUGUGUGUGUGUGUGUUUUAGUGACAGGUUGAAGAUUACUUUGUUGAUGUUUUUCUGUGAGAUGAAGGCUCGUCUUUUGAACGGUGGAAAGUCCAGAGAGUUGACGGAUGCAAUGUGUUGAUGUAGGGUGGAAGUCUGUGAGGUGGUUGGAUUUCUUUGUCUGGUUUGACCUGGAGUGAAACAUUUGGUGUGUUGAGGCUGUCCUCCAAAAUGGGAGGACUUAUUCAAACAGCAACGGAUGUAGCCAAGUCGUUUUUAUGGUUUAGUUUGACUCUCAUAUUUUACCAGUGUUCUACUUUGGAGAUGAAUGUUUGGAGCUUUUUGGCAGCGUGUUGGGGUACCAUUGACUGGUCCAGUGAUAUAGAUUGCCUGCAAAUCGAGAGAUUCAUCCAAACAAUGUUUGGUGGUUUGGAGCAGAGCCAUUUAGAUUUCUCUCUAAAUAGCUCUGGUUUGGAUAUGACUUUGGAGUGGGCUCAGUAGUGGUGGACCCCUGCUUGUGGGCUUAACGAAGAAAGCCGAUGGGUCUGUCCCGGGUUGCAUCAUGUAGUCAGUAUUUGGGUCGUGUAGGUCCGAGGACGUUGUCAGUGGGGCUGCUUCGUUAUCUGGAUCAGUCUCGGUGUACUGUAGGAGGUCUCACUGCCCAGUAUCUGCGCUGAGACGAAUAGCGAGCAUUCUUUCAAUAGGUUUUCCGGUGUUACUGAUGAUGGGGCUAGGGGGGCAGUAGUGAGGCGGUCAGUUAGUGGGGAGUCGCGGUCUUGGUGGGUUGUGGCUGUUUCCGUUAUCCCUGGUGCAGGGACUUAGCCUGCGGGGGAGAACGUUGUGAGGAAGCUUUUUUCGGAAUGUGAUACUUCCGAUAAGAAGGCGGUUGACUUUAUUGUGACCGGGGGCCAUGUUUUCAUCGUGGCCCGGCUGUACCUUCACCUCCGGACUGGUGAUGACCUUAAUGAGUGGAUGAUGCUGUUUGCGAUGCGUUCAUAGUCCGCUACCGAACCAGGAGCUACCAGGGGACAGCCCCUCUGCCUGUCCUCUCUUUGCGUGAUGUCAUGUUCAGGGAGACAUCACCCAAUGGGGUUUAAUAGUCGUCGUUAUGACUAGAACGCAGGAGGAGGAGGAGAAUCAAUCAUCAUCGUUGUCACAUUGAAGUUAAUACGUUGAAAAAUAAUGAAGUUAAAUUGUUUAAAUGUGUACGUCGUUCUCCAUUCAAAACUGUAACGGAACAUAAUUAUGUUUCCUUAUUCCUCGAAUACUGAAGUUUAUCUGAGACUACGCCUUUAUUAUAACGGAUGCCGAAGAACAACACAAUACUAUUUAUGAAAGGCGAUAUGGAGACACGCUUUGUUUAGAAAAUUACUAACAAUGUUUGCUUUUCAAAAUCAAUUACAACAAUAAAAAUACCGAUAUAUCAAUGAACAGACCAAUUAAACGAGCGUUAAUAUUAUUCAUAAAAACAGUUGCAAUAACAUAUUUACUGUUACUCAUGCUGAAUCACUUAUAAUUAAAAUACUUAAUUCUGUGAUUAUUUCUGAUGCAUCCUUAUAACCUGUAUUGUAUUGUAUUGUAAUCAAAACCCGCAAGCUGAUGAAGAGACCCUGACGGACCCUGGUCUGGUAGUUCAGGGUCCCACCGCUAGAGGGCGACACUGAAUCACAUACUUCUCGUCCAUGCCUUAUGCGUCACACUCAGAUGUCUCUGUAACCUGAAAACACAAGUCGGUUGGGGUAUGACAAUUUUUUUGUUGCUUUAAUGACUCAACCGCAUUUCAGUAUCCAGUGAAACGCCCUUGUCGAUCACUGACUCUUCUUUUGUGUGCAUUAAUCCAAAAUUGAGGCAAAGCACGAAAGAGGAAAAGUAGAAAAACUGGAUGAAAGUGACUAAACUUCCCUGUAAAGAAAGUAACGUGGUAAUUAUCAGUGUGAUUAUACACUUUCCAUUUCAGCCGAGCAGGAACAGUGAUUUCUCCUUGAGUGGGUCCAUUAGCUGUGUACGCACCGUGUGGCCCCAGCUGAGCAAACUGGCGCAUAGCCACAGGUGUGCAAACAGUGGAAUCUCCAGUGCGUCCUGUCCCUGGCUAGGGGUGCACACGGUGACCCCAACAACCCCAUUACACUACCUGUCAAGGCAGGUUAAGAAGCAAUAAUUGGCAGCAUUAUGGAGUUUAGCCCGUGGACAUGACACGCCUUCAGCUCUGUGGCCCUAAACACACCAAAGCUCAGUUUCCGCCUGCGUUCCG